GAAGUGGGACUUCGUAUUCUCCCAAGCUCCUCCCUCAGUGGCCGGGCAGAGUGACAGAAUGGUCGAGCGGACGGCGCUGCUGCUGCUGCUGCUAACCUUAGCAGUGGGACUCGCGGAGGGUUCCCAGGGCGACCGCGAGCCGGUAUACCGCGACUGCGUGCUCCGGUGCGAGGAACGGAACUGUUCGGGGGACGCACUGAAGCACUUCCGCUCCCGCCAGCCAAUCUACAUGAGCCUCGCUGGCUGGACUUGCCGAGACGACUGCAAGUAUGAGUGUAUGUGGUUCACUGUCGGCCUCUACCUUCAGGAGGGUUACAGAGUCCCUCAGUUCCAUGGCAAGUGGCCCUUCUCCCGGUUCCUGUUCAUCCAAGAGCCAGCUUCUGCCGUGGCCUCGCUCCUCAAUGGCCUGGCCAGCCUGGUGAUGCUCUUCCGCUAUCGCGCCUCUGUGCCAGCCUCCUCCCCCAUGUACCAUACCUGCAUGGCCUUCGCUUGGGUGUCUCUCAAUGCUUGGUUCUGGUCCACGGUCUUCCAUACCAGGGACACUGACCUCACAGAGAAGAUGGACUACUUCUGCGCUUCGGCUGUCAUCCUGCAUUCUGUUUACCUGUGCUGUGUCAGGACUGUGGGACUGCAGCACCCGUCUGUGGCCAGCGCCUUCGGUGCCCUGCUCCUGCUGCUGCUGACAGGACACAUCUCCUACCUGAGCCUUGUCCAUUUCGACUACGGCUAUAACAUGAUGGCCAACGUGGCUAUAGGCCUGGUGAACCUGGCUUGGUGGCUGGUCUGGUGCCUGCGGAACCACCGGCGCCUCCCUCACACCCGCAGGUGUAUGUUGGUGGUGGUGUUGCUGCAGGGGCUGUCUCUGCUGGAGCUGCUUGACUUCCCACCCCUCUUCUGGGUCCUGGACGCCCACGCCAUCUGGCACAUCAGCACCAUCCCCGUCCACGCCCUCUUUUUCAGAUUUCUGGAAGAUGACAGCUUGUACCUGCUGAAGGAGUCUGGAGCCAUGUUCAAGCUGGACUAAAGAGGCUGGAGGGGGCUCGUCCCUCAGGCCUCUCCCUUCUCUCCCUAGAGAUGAUUCGUUUUUCCCCUUUUAGCUUCUUGAACUUGACCAUGUGGGGUUUGGACCUGAAAUCCUGUAGCUUCCUGGCCAUUUCUGGCCCUCACAUGGAACCUGUCUUGGGAGUGGCUUCCUCACAUCUGGGACAGGGAAUAGGCAGCUGUCCUGUGCCUGGGGCUGAACUGAGACCAGGUUUUGAGGACUACAGAGAGGAGGACGGCUUUUGUAUCCUCAACCUCUCCCUUUCCACAUCACUCACCCCUGCAGCACCACCCUGCGUACCUCCACUUACCCUCCCAAACCACACCCACAGGCCUUUGGGGUACAUUGGGGUCUCUUUUAUGUCAGGACACCACUAGGUGGCGCUGGAUGCUUGCUUGUCGGCUGCCCAAGUUUCUCUCUGGGUCUGAGGAACUGGGCUGCUGGGGUAGGUCUAAGGAGGGGUUUCCACCCUACCUCCCGAUACUGGCAAGUCUUGCCUUCAAGGCCAGGACCCUAGAAAGCUUAGGACUAGGACUCAGUCUGCUGUUCUGGCUGGGAGUGGACAACACAUUGACACAUAGAGGGAUAUGGGCCAAGCCAGGAGCAGAGAUGACCAGAUAGUCAGUGAGCUGGGGGACUGUGGGCCUUCACAUAGAGUGUGCAGCGUGGGUGUGUGUUCAGGGGGCAGGUGGCUGAGGGUGGUUUGAGGAAGGUACAUGGAAGAGACGAACAUGCACAGGAUACGCUGGUAGGAGUCUGAAGCAGAGCAGGAGAAUCAAGUCAUCAAGAGUCACCUGAGCUCCAAGUCUGCCCGGGCCCCAAGGCCAUUCUGCUGCUAGUAUAUGACCUGAUAGACUUUGGGAUGCUGGCUGUGAGUGUGGGUGCCCGCCCAGUGCCCCUUUGCACUCCACUUAAAUCACAUACCUCCCCUCAACAUGAGGCAGAGAGAGGGAGGGGAAAGUGGCCCUGCUCCUGCCUCUUAGUUCUUCAUCUUGGUAUGGUGGAUCUCACACUCAGUUCCCUUUGUCAGAGCUGGACUCUCCCGAGCCAAUCCCAGGGCAAGCAGGGUGCACCCAGCCUAUAUCUUGAACCCACCCCUCAGGAAGGCAGUCUGCAGUUGAGCCCUGCCUCUAUCCUCUGCCCCCUCUGUGGGAGAGGAUAGCUAGGCCAGGGCUCCAGCUCAGGUACUUGGGCAGCCUAUUAGGGUUCUGGGUUUUGUUUUGUUUUUUUAUAUAUAUAUAUACUAAGAACAAUUUUAAGGCUGGAGGCAGGAAAGGACACGCUUAAUAAAGCAGCUCCCAGCCUCA